AUCGGACCGCCUCUCGGCGAGUGUUCGAACUCCGAACAAAGGGCGGGCGGGCGGGAUCCGGUCACCCCGGCCAUGUCGCUGCUCGGCCCCACCCACCCGCUUCUGGUCACCGCCGCCGGUCCCCGCGAUUCGCGCCAUCGCCUCGUUGCUUUACGCAACUCCCCCACCCCCUUCCCCUUUCUCUCUUCGACUCCGAAACCGAACCCCCUUCGUUUCCCGGUGAGAUGCGGUGCUCCGCAGCCGCCGGUGGACUCCCAGAAGCCGUGGCCAAGCUUGUUUCGCUUUCUGAACCACCUCCCCGUCAGCCUCCUCUCCGCCGGCUUCCUCUGCGCCCACGCGUUCCUCCGCGCCCUCCCCGCCGACUUCCCCGAUCGGUGGCGCCACCUCCUGGAGUUCUCGAAGGGGGCGGAGACGAAGGUGACCCAACUCCCCUACCACCUGAUCCAAGCCGUCAUGGCCUCGGAGGACCGCCGCUUCUUCUACCACUUUGGGGUCGAUCCCUACGGGAUCGGACGGGCCGUGGUCUAUUAUCCCAAUGGCGGAGGUGGGAGCACCAUAACCCAGCAGCUUGUGAAGAAUGUCUUUUUGACAAAUGAACGCAAAAUUUCGAGAAAAUUUGUUGAGGGAAUAUUGUCAUUGAUAUUGGAGAGAAGAAUGUCAAAAUGGGAAAUACUGUAUUCCUAUUUGAAUAAGAUGUACUGGGGACAUGGAAAGUUUGGUAUUGAAUCAGCAUCUCUUUUUUACUUUGGAAAGCACCCUUCCCUUCUUAAUGUGGGGGAGUCAGCAUUGCUAGUUGGGAUUUUGCCUUCCCCUGAGACUUUUAACCCAUUUACAAACCCCACAAGUGUUCUGGUUCAGCUUAGGAAGCCCAAAUUGUCACUUUCUUAUAGGGGAAAGUCUUCUCAAGCUAGAGCACUAAGAAGGAUGGUAGCAGCGGGGUUUCUUGAUUUGGAGACUGCACUUGUAAUUGUGAGCCAACCUCUUUGCUUGCAUACCGAUGGAAUUGGAGAGGAAUAUGAAGAUUUCAGAAAACAGAUGAGACCAAGCUCAGCUAUCAAAGACAUAUGGAACUGGGAAAUGGCAAGCAUAGCAUGGGAAGUGAGGGAAAACAUGGAAAAGUGGGCCAUGAAGAUGCACAAAAGUAGAUGAUAGCACUGCCUACAGGAAAAGUAACAUGAACUUCAUUUUGGAAAAAAAAUUUUCAAAUGAUCCACUCUAAAGAUUGCUGGUCAGUAUGGAAAAUUAAGUUGGCUCCACAACAAGAUGUAUUUCGUGGUAUUCAUCCAUGUCUUCCCUCGAGGGGUGACUCUUUGCUGCAAGAGAACAUCUUCAUUUUUCUGUCAACCUUCUUCCUCCACAGGCAAUUUCUCAUCCUCAACCUUAAUUGGGCUUUGAGAUCCACUGCCCCUGUCCAGGGUCCAAACAUUCUAUUAUGUAUCCAGAAGCUUGAAGGCUUCAACUUUAUAUGGAACAGUUCUUUGCCCUUUGUUUAGUAUUGCUACUGAUAAACAUUGACACGAUCUGUCAGUUGCUGCGAAGUCAGUUGACACCAGAACAAACUUCAUUUGAAAAAUCAAUUUAGUUAACAGAAACAAAUGUAUGAGAAAGAAAAUCCGUAUUUGGCUUAUAAA